UCCGCGGGGGCAGGAGCGGGGCGGGGCACCGAGCAAAGGUUGUCCUCAAAGCCCAGGAUCUUCUCGACAGCUCCGCGGCAUCAUGACGGUGGGCGCCCGGCUCCGGAGCAAGGCGGCAAGCAGCUUCGCGCGCCGGGGGCCCCUGGGGCGAUCUCGAGGCGCCGGGGACGAGGAGACGGAUGUCAUCGUGGAGCACCUAGAGGGCGAAGACGAUGACCCAGCAAGCCAGGACGAUACACGCGAGGAGGGCGGGCGACGCGCGGGGACUCCAAGCGCGCGCAGAGUACACCUGGCUGCGCUGCCCGAGCGCUACGAGCCCCUCGAGGAGACCUCGCCAGACGACAAGCCCAAGAAGAGGUUUCGGCGAAAACUGAAGAAGUACGGCAAGAAUUUCGGGAAGGCCAUAAGCAAAGGAUGCCGGUACAUUGUCAUUGGUCUGCAUGGAUUUGCUGCAGCCUACUCCUCCCCGUUUGGAGUGGCCACCAGCGUGGUGUCCUUUGUGCGCUAACCGGAGCUGCAGGGGCAGGCAUCAGCAGAAUGCUUCCGCCCCAGGGGACAGUGUGAACCCACCAGCACUUCCGACUCGAACUCACAGGAACUCUGAAGAUGAACUCUACUUUAUGCUCCAUUGUCGAACUGGUUGAGUGUCAGGCAGAAGCCAUCCCCGCACAUCCACUGAGCCACUCGGUUCUCUUGGACAUGGAUGGAUCCGGGGAUCAGAUCUGCGGAGAGUUAGGCCAAGAUCAAAUUGGGGAUAGGGUUAGUUUGCUUCCUGUACCGGCUAGAGCCUUUCUGGGGUACAGGCAAGCAGACUCAUGGCAGGUCUGGGGUCUGAGCCGUGCGAGUCGUGGGCGGGUUGUGAGGGAAGAGGAUGCAGACCUCUAAUGGGAUAGUUGCUAGGUUCUGGAAAGGUCGAGAUGGGCAUGCCUUCCUUGAUCCCCUCACUGAGGGCAGUGAGGAAGCUGUUUCUGAGGCUCUCUCUCCCCCAUCACUGUCAUCGCGAGUUUAAUUACAGGUUUGGGAAGACGGAAAGACGGAAACUGUCUUUGAAGACCACGAUGCUUUGAAACCCGAGUUCCCAGCUGUGUGGGACUGUUGAAAGUAGAUCAGAGAGUGUCAUCUUCAUAAGUGUUUCAUAACUGCACGCCUGGCAAUGAGGAAGGGAGGGCAAGUUCAGAAGCUGGGAGGCUGCAACAGGUGCCUUCCGAGUCUGAACCUGGUCCAGCUAUUGUGUUUGGAGCAGGCAGGGCUCCUGCAGGUGUGACUGUCCAUGCCAGUUCACUGCUGCCGGGUGCCUAAAUCCACCAUUUGAUUGAGAAGAGAGAGGAGAGAGAGAGAGAGAGAGAGAGAGAGAGAGAGAGAGAGAGAGAGAGGAGGUAAAGGGGAAAGCGAGAAGGAUAGGAGAGAGAAUUUACAAGUAUAUUUAGAGGAGCAACCAGUAAGUGAGAGAUGGGCAUGAAGAAAGAAGAAGAAAAGCCAAGGACGACACUGGAGAGACAGUGGAAGUUGUGAAGUUAAGGACGCAUGCUUGUGGUGGAGAUUCCUUGGGAGGGCUGGGCUGCUUGUAUGUAGGACUAGGGGAAGCUAGGGGACCAGAGGCACCAUGGUGGUUAACACUUCUUAGGCCAGCAUCUUACUUGGAUUCAAAAGUUAAUGUAGGCAUGAGUCCCAGGCUUGGCACCCGCCGAGGGAGGCUCCUAGACUAGCAUUGGGUGCUGUGAGAACGAGAGACGACCCCCUCCAAAGGGUAGGAUGUCUGAGACACUGCACUGCUGGGUCUCACAACUGUUUUUAAAGUUGUUCAUAAAGGUCCCUUUCACCAUGACCCUUGGGCAACCCCACAGCAGGACAGGAUUUCAACUUUGCUUCUAGAGUAUUCAAGAUCCAGAGCAGAUCUUGGGACCUCUCUGUGGGAUCAGCUUGUUAGCCUAGGAGACACGAAGAAAGCCAAGAUGCUCGUCCCUCAUCCACUGGGCCCAACCAUCAGACACUGGUGGAUGGGGAAGGUAGAGGAGACAGUGGCAGUUGCCCACUUAGACUCAGCCUCCCCUCUGGAGGCUCCUGUUGAAUUGCCCUGUCCCUGGAACCAGGACAUAGAUGGUCUUGCUUUAUCCCUAGUAGUACAAGCAGGUUAUGUGCAGGGUCAUGUGACGGGAUGAUGCUUGCCUGGUAGUCCUAGGAUGGAAAACGGAAAGGUGAAUAGGAGAAAAAGCCACUUGCAUCUGACUGGAAAGAAUCAGGAAUGGGAAGCUUGCAAGAUGCCUCCCCUGCCACCUCCCAAUAGUGGAGAGUCCCAGGGCGACUACGACAUCCCGCUAGGUAGAGAGAAGUGUGAUCCAGGGAUGGGAUGAACAAUCAAAGGUGCUUCCCUCCCCUGGGAGUCUUCCUCCCCACCUCCCAAAUUGGAAAAUCAGCAGUCUGGCCCUGUGCCUCUCCAAGUCUGGCUAAGAAUUAACUCAGAAACGGCCAAAGUCAAAAGUUAGUCCUGGGACUCGCCAGGCUCGACAGAAGGUGAACUUCAACUCCUGGAGCAGACUGUGUGAUCUCAUCCCGUGUGUGGGACUCGUGGUUUGUGUUGUAGGCCGCCCUUUGUUGCUUUCCUGUGUUUCCUUGUUUGGCAGCAGGGCCCACACCCUACUGCAACUGAAUUUAAGAGCGUAGCUUUCCCAUUACUGACGUCCAACAUUUUUUUUCCUGUAUCCCUAUCUUGCCUUGUGGUGUAAAUAAAAGCCCCAGAUUGUCUGGUUUUCCUAUG